CUUGCGAAAAUCCCUCAAAGUAUUAGGUUUACAAUUUCUUCAUAUAUUUCUCGUUGAAUCAAAAGCAGCUCCAUUUACUGCUCGGGUUUAUCAUAGUUUAGAAGAAUCCUCUAUAAAAAUGGAAAUUGAUUCUGAGCCUUUGAAAGUAUUAGAAGAACAUAAACCAUCAGCAGCAGCAGCUGCUGCAUCAUCAUCAUCAUCAGCUAUGCAAACCGAACCCUCGAAUUCGGCCGAAUUUAAUUCAACUGAUGGAACGAAUGACGAUAUCGCUAUGUCGAUGGAGAAGCUGCAGAUAGAAAAGUCUGCUUCCGCUUCGGGGUUUAAGAAAAAGCCGGUUAUUGUUAUUGUUGUUGGAAUGGCAGGGAGUGGGAAAACAACAUUUCUUCAUCGAACUGUGUGUCAUACACAAGCUACCAACAAGAGGGGUUAUGUGAUGAAUCUUGAUCCUGCUGUUAUGACUCUUCCGUUUGGCGCGAAUAUUGAUAUAAGGGACACAGUUAAAUACAAGGAGGUCAUGAAACAAUUCAAUCUUGGACCUAAUGGAGGGAUAUUAACAUCACUUAAUCUGUUUGCCACAAAAUUUGAUGAGGUCAUUCAAGUAAUUGAGAGGCGAGCAGAUGAACUCGAUUAUGUUCUUGUGGACACCCCUGGUCAAAUUGAGAUUUUCACUUGGUCUGCCUCUGGAGCAAUUAUUACUGAAGCUUUUGCUUCAACUUUCCCGACAGUGAUUGCCUAUGUUGUUGAUACACCUCGUACUGAGAAUCCACAAACUUUUAUGAGCAACAUGCUUUAUGCUUGUAGCAUUCUUUACAAGACCCGGUUGCCAUUAGUUGUGGUAUUCAACAAGACAGAUGUAGCCCAGCACCAAUUCGCUCUGGAGUGGAUGGAAGAUUUUGAGGUGUUCCAUGCUGCACUGGAGUCGGACAAUUCUUACACGUCAACCCUGACUCGAAGUCUUUCUCUUGCUCUUGAGGAAUUCUAUAAGAAUUUACGAGCCGUUGGAGUUUCAGCAGUGUCUGGAGCUGGGAUGGAUGCCUUCUUUAAAGCUAUUGAUGCAAGUUCAGAUGAGUACAUGGAAACUUACAAAGCUGAACUGGACAAAAGACGGGCAGAGAAGGAACGAUUAGAGGAAGAACGCAGGAAAGAGAACAUGGAAAAAUUGAGGAAGGAUAUGGAGACAUCUGGGGGAGGAACCGUUGUAUUGUCUACUGGUUUGAAAGACGAUGGUAAAAACAUGAUGGAUGAAGAAGAUGAGGAAGAAGAAGAAGAAGAAGAAGAUGAAGAUAAAGCAAUUAAAAUGUAUAGUGAUGAUGAUGACGAUGAUGAUGACGAGGAUGAUGAAGAUGAAGACAUUGCCAACUUUAGGUUCUGAAUGCAAAUGAAGUAUUCAACUAUUGGGUUAAAAUAGACUUCCAUGAAAUGGUACCAUGUAAAUGAACCAAACUAUGGUUGGUACCUAGUGAUUUUGUGGAUGCUUGAUUUUGCAGUGGUUCAGUGCUUUCUGUUAUGAGAUGUAUGGUGUGUGAAUAUCGACCUGACCACAAAAUUAGAACCAAACCAUAGUGGCCAUGGCUACAUUUGGUUUAGGUCUGGAAUUUUGAACUUAUUUUAGAAAGCCGACUUUUGGUUCUAAGUUCUUUUCCAAAUUACAUGAAAACAGAAAAGUGGGAAUCUUGCUAGUAAACUUGUAAACACUGUUUUCUCUGCACGUUCUUAUAAUUAUUAUAUGGAAAAUGACAUUCUUUUA